AUGUCCUUUUCCAGCGGCGGUGGCGGCACUCUGGCUCUGCCCUCGCCGACUCACGCCCAUCAUAUGGACCCCACGACUGUGCGCAACCUUCGACGCUCCAUGUCAAAAUCUCCCACGAAGCUUAUGGCGCGUGCAAACUCUCACGGCCUCACAAGUUCACGACAAGCUUCACCAAAAUCACCGAAUCGACGACUUGCCACCACGCCGCUACAGCAACGGCCGGUGCUACAGCCUCCCUCGUCAGCGUCGCCAACUGUAGACUCACCAUUUGUCGCUAGCGCCCCGCAAUUAUCACCUUCGCAAACGCAGACUCCCAUUCGGCCAGGCGUUAAGCUCUCGCUUCGGUCCGUCAAAGCUGCUAAAGCGGCGCCUCCUUCGCGCAUCACCCGGGCUCGAGUUUCUCCUAGAAGCCCUUUAAAGCGCGCCCUGUCCACGACCCCCGAUUCUGGAAACUCUACCUCUUCACAGUCACCAAUAUCGCCUCUCCGACCCAGAUUCUUAGGUCAAGAAAACAACAACAGCACGACUCCCGAGCACUCAGCACCACGAAAAGCGAUGGAUCGAUCAACCCGCUCUACUGUGCAGUUUGAUAUCACCGGUGCCUCUCAGCUUGCAUUUCUCAAGACGCUGGAAGAAACUAGUGAUCCAUCCAUGACCCCAGCAACAGGCGCGCUGAAGCGCAGUGACGCAACCAUGAAUUUGGAUCAAUCAAACCAAGGCAGCCCGGUGGCGAAGCGACGAAGUCUACACGGCAUUAUGAACUCUGUGCAGUCUCAAGACCUCUUCAAUUCGAGCGCAUCCCAACCUGGCGUUUUUGAUAUUCAUGAAGAUGAAUUCCCUGAAUACGAACUGUCUGGCAUUGGAGGAGCCAUCUCUGAACGUGAUCACCUGGCGUCUCCGACUCAUGCAUCGAAUAUCCCAAAGCGAUCAUCCUCUCUCCGCAGAUCAACUUUACAGCAACGAUAUAGCGACAAGACUUCUUGGGGGAAACGUUCUGGCGAGCGACAGCUCUCGCCGCUGGGAGCUGAUGUAUCUACGCCAGUCCGACACCGGCCUCGUCUCUCUGCAGACUCUUUUGUCCCUCCGACAGCUGGUCACGAAAACCCCUUUGCACCUGGCGCCAGUGCUGCGACGGAAAACAAAAGCCACCAGCCACAUCCGCUGUCCAAGACCCUCACAACGUCAACCUCUGGCAACAGCUUGACUGAGGAGCAAUCUUUUUAUGCGCCCGCAAAAGUCGCAUCGAAACCACAUCCUUUCUCCAGAUCUCUACCCCCUGGUGCUAUGCGCCCAUCUAGUCGACAUGCCGCUGAACAAAGGACCAUGGCCACGCCAAACCAGACCCAUCAGCUUUGGAUUGGUGCAUUCAACUCAACCGGCCUUGUCUCCAAAGUAAAUCGCAAUCUGGAAGAAGAGGCCGACAAGAAGAUGGCGCCUCCCGACACGCCAUGCAAAAAGCAUAUCAAUCCCUUUGCUACCUUCCCGCCACCUGGCAGUUCGGGAAAGAAGAGAGGGAAUGUCCGCAAAUCAUUUGGCGGUAUUCCCUCCACCCCUUUCGGCCCCAUUAUGGGCCGUGCCCCCGAUACGGUCGCCAAUCCUGGCAAAGGCCUCUCAAUUUUCCAACGUAGCAGCGUCCUGGGAAACCGCCGUGGGAGCAUUCUUGGUGCUGACGGUGAUGAUGGCAAACUGUUUGCCGAUAGCGUCGACUUUGCAAGCCCUGCGGAAAGCGAUGUUCCGCCAACCCCGACCAAGAACCUUCUAACACCAAGCUUCAGUGGCCUGAGUAAUUUUAGUGAAAGUUCUCAAGAAAGCCCGAGUGCCAACCGGACCUUGACCCUUUCUCUUUCAGCCGUCAAGCCCCCACAAUCGCGGGAUUCAACCUGUAAGUCGAUCCCGGAUAUGUCCGAUAGUUCUCAGGACCAAAUCGAGGAGGCAGAUCCAAAAGCCGAUCGAUCUACUCCUUCAGACUGUGGACCAACUCCAACAGAUCCUCUUUCUUUAUCUUCAUACGGACGGGCAAGGACCCGGAGGGGGCUCAGUGCGCCCCAGCCACUCACUACCGAACUUUCAACUUUGACGCACUCCAGUCGAGUGCCUUCGAAACUAUCCAAAAAUGUACUUACUAAGAUGAUGUGUGUUGAAUCAGUGAGCCCCGAUGGACGACGCACUCCUCAAACCCCCCAGGAAAACUUGCUGCCGCUGGAUACCAGCCGGCUGUCCAUCUCUCAGACCAGAGAUGGCCGGCGAGAAUCGCACAUGCCGCCUCCUGUCACACCGACUAACUUUCGCUCAUCCACGAGCAUUUUUGUCACUCCUGUCAACAAUGCUCGCAACACCGGCUUGGAUAUUGAUGCCAGUCUAUACUCCAAGUUCGACAAAGUUGAGCAGAUUGGCAAAGGCGAAUUUUCUACGGUAUACCGUGUAACAAAGCAGGAUUUUGAAAGUUCCUUUACUCCAGCUUCAUUCACCCCAGUUGACAGCCACGCCAGAAGCCCUGCCAAGACUCAGGUCUUUGCUGUCAAGAAGACCAAGCAGCCGUACCAUGGACCCAAAGAUAGGGAAGCAAAGCUGCGUGAAGCUCAUAUUCUGCGAGCUUUGUCACAUGCCGAACAUGUUGUGCAAUAUAUCGAUGACUGGGAGCAUAACUUUCAUCUCUACAUCCAGACAGAGUUUUGCGAAGAAGGGACUCUGGAUAAGUUUUUGGCCCACGUCGGGCAGUUGGGUCGAUUGGAUGACUUUCGUAUCUAUAAGAUCUUGCAAGAUCUUUGCUUGGGAUUGAAAGAAAUCCACGACGCUGGAUUUAUGCAUUUAGAUAUGAAGCCGGCAAACAUUCUGAUUACUUUUGAAGGAGUCAUCAAGAUUGGUGAUUUCGGAUUGGCGCAGGCUGUUUCCGAUGACAUAUAUAUGGAUAUCGAGGGAGACCGCGAGUAUAUGGCCCCAGAGAUGUUGGAGGGCAAGACCGAUCAGUCUGCCGAUAUCUUCUCCCUUGGCCUUAUGACAUUGGAGGCAGCGGCCAAUGUGGUGCUUCCCGACAACGGACCUACCUGGGUUGCCCUCAGGUCUGGUGAUCUCUCCGAAGUGCCCAGUCUCACCUGGACCCCGUCAAGCGAAGUUCAGCGGGACGCCCUCGGUAACCCGACUGAGUCUGCGAUGAGUGAGGAACUCCAGAUCGAGAAGAAGCCUCGCAGCCCCGGCAAUCUCUUUGGAUCUUUUAAGCGAUCGGAACUUCAGCAGCCGCCUGAGUUUAUGGUGGAAGUCUUUCACCCCAGCUCCCUUGAUUCUAUUGUUAGGUGGAUGACGCAGCAGGAGCCGGAAGAGCGACCACACAUCGAAGAGGUCUUGGCCUUGGAAGGCUUGCAGUGGGUGGCAGAGCACCGAAAUGCGCCCGCCAUCGUCUACGAGGGAAACUGGGGCCCCUCUGAGCUAUUUCCCGUCUCCAUCAUCAACGACAGCGACCUUGAAAUGACAGAUAUUUAA